AUGGGCACGGGGGAUUUUAUCUGCAUUUCCAUGACCGGAGGGGCGCCCUGGGGGUUCCGACUGCAAGGUGGCAAGGAGCAGCAGCAGCCCUUACAAGUCGCUAAGAUCAGAAGCCAGAGCAAAGCCUCCGGGUCUGGGCUCUGUGAGGGGGAUGAAGUGGUUUCUAUCAAUGGCAACCCUUGUGCAGACCUCACCUACCCAGAAGUCAUCAAGCUCAUGGAGAGCAUAACAGACUCUCUCCAAAUGCUCGUCAAAAGACCAUCCAGUGGAAUAAGUGAAACUUCGAUCUCUGAAAGUGAAAACAAAAACCAGGAGAAUGUCCCCCAUGAAGGGUACGUGGAAAGUACCACCCUACAGAUUCGACCAGCCACAAAGAGCCAGUACAGAGAGUUCUACAUGGUCCCUGUCAAGAGUGGAGCUCCCCUAGCUGAGGAGCAAGCGAGUGGUGCUGGUUUUUCUGGGAGCAUAAAAGAAGAAACAGGCCUGGCCCCUCACACGUCUGACUCUGAAAGUGGACGCUCACCAGAGGAGAUUAUCUUAAGUGAGAAGGCAGAAGCGGGGCAGCCAGGCACUGUGGUUGAGCUGCAACUGUCCCUGUCACAAGAGAGACACAAGGGCACGAGCGCCGCCGUAGUGGCUCUCCUGGGAGCAGAAAAAUCUAAGUCUCCUGACCCAGAGCCUAAUUUACAGCAUGACGGGCUUGUCCACAUAAAUUCUGCCCCCACUAUCGAGAAAGAGGACCCUCCUCGGAGGUCCAGCAAGACAAUCCAGAUCUCCAGUGGCCAGGGGCUGAGAGUGAUCCAGGGAAAUGAAGCGGCAGACACGGGGCUGCCCCGCGUGGAGGUGACCUUCGACUGCUCUGACAGGCAGAAGACGGAAGGGUGCAGGCUUCAGGCAGCAAAGGGGUGUGUGGAUUCUCCAGUGGAAGGAGGGCAGUCAGAAGCACCUCCUUCUCUGGUAUCCUUUGCAGUCUCAUCAGAAGGCGCGGAGCAGGGAGAAGAUCCACGCUCAGAAAGGGAUCACAGCAGACCUCACAAGCACAGAGCGCGCCACGCACGGCUCAGGAGGAGUGAAAGCUUAUCAGAAAAGCAGGUGAAAGAAGCAAAAUCUAAAUGCAAAAGCAUUGCCCUCCUUCUGACAGAUGCCCCCAACCCCAACUCCAAGGGGGUGUUGAUGUUUAAGAAGCGUCGAAGGAGGGCCAGGAAAUACACGCUGGUCAGCUACGGGACUGGUGAACUUGAGCGAGAGGCAGAGGAGGAGGAGGAAGCCGGCGACAAAGAGGAUCCAUGUGAAGUAGCGUUUCUGGGUGCAAGCGAAUCGGAGGUGGAUGAAGAAUUGUUGUCUGACACUGACGACAACACACACGUUGUGAACUUUGACUGGGAUUCUGGUCUAGUGGACAUUGAAAAGAAACUGAACAGAGGGGACAAGAUGGAGAUGCUGCCAGACACCACAGGCAAGGGGGCCCUCAUGUUUGCCAAGAGGAGGGAGAGAAUGGACCAGAUCACAGCCCAAAAAGAGGAGGAGAGGGCGGGUGGAGUGCCAAGCAGAGAGCCAGACGCUGCCCAGACAGCAGGCCUGAGAACCGCGACGUCUUACCAAAGGCAGGAGGAAGAGUCGGUGAGAGUGCAGAGCUCUGUGAGCAAAAGCUACAUUGAGGUGAGCCACGGUCUCGGCCAUGUGCCCCAACAGAACGGCUUCACUGGGGUGUCUGAGACAGCAGAAGCUCAGCGGAUGAUCCCUGUGAAUAGAACAGCCAAGCCCUUCCCGGGGUCUGGGAACCAGCCGGCAACCCCCUUCUCUCCAAGCCGAAACGUGACAAGUCCCAUCGCUGACUUUCCUGCGCCCCCACCUUACUCUGCAGUCACACCCCCACCUGAAACCUUCUCCAGAGCAGUGUCGAGUCCAACAGCUGGCCCAGCACCGCCCCCUCCGUGGCCCCAGCCUGCCCCAUGGUCCCAGCCGGCCUUUUACGAUUCAUCGGAACGAAUAGCUUCCCGGGAUGAAAGGAUUGCGGUGCCAGCAAAAAGAACGGGGAUAUUGCAAGAGGCCAAAAGGAGAAGCACGACAAAACCCAUGUUCACUUUUAAAGAGCCCAAAGUCAGCCCCAAUCCUGAACUCUUGUCACUUCUUCAAAAUUCUGAGGGUAAAAAGGGCCCUGGAGCGGGAGCAGAUUCCGGACCUGAAGAAGACUACCUCAGUUUAGGAGCAGAGGCUUGUAACUUCAUGCAAGGCUCCUCUGCAAAACAGAAGACCCCGCCUCCUGUCGCUCCAAAGCCUGCUGUCAAGUCCUCAUCCUCCCAACCAGUCACUCCGGUUUCUCCAGUCUGGUCGCCAGGAGUGGCUCCAGCGCAACCUCCUGCCUUCCCCACAUCCAGCCCGUCACAUGGCACCGUGGUCUCCUCCAUCAAAAUCGCGCAGCCUUCUUACGCUCCCGCCCGGCCUGCAAGUGCUCUGAACCUGGCUGGUCCUUUCAAAGGCCCACAGGCAGCGGUAGCCAGCCGGAACUAUACUCCCAAACCAGCAGCUCCCACACCGACAGUGAACGCUGCUCAUGCUGGUGCAGUGGGAGCAUCCAAUGAGCUUCCAGGAAUGAGUGGGAAGGGAGCCCAGCUCUUUGCUAAGAGGCAGUCAAGGAUGGAGAAGUACGUGGUAGAUUCGGACACCGUGCAGGCCCACGCUGCCCGGGCUCAUUCUCCCACCCCGUCUCUCCCUGCCGGUUGGAAGUACUCCUCCAAUGUCCGAGCGCCUCCGCCUGUGGCCUACAAUCCUAUCCACUCCCCCUCCUACCCACCGGCUGCUGUCAAGUCUCAGCCAUCAGGCCCACAGGCCUCCAAGACAGGCAAGAAAAAGGGCAAGAAACCCCUCAAUGCUUUGGAUGUCAUGAAGCACCAACCCUAUCAGCUUAAUGCGUCCUUGUUUACUUUCCAACCUCCAGAUGCGAAGGACGGCCUCCCCGCAAAGCCAUCGGUUAAGGUCAGUUCAGUGCCAGCUGCGAAGCAAGCUCUUCCUCCUCGGCCAGUGAACGCUGGCUCGCCCACUGAUGUGCAGGCCUCCUCUGUGUACUCCGUGCCAGCCUAUACCUCUCCACCUUCCUUCUUUGCUGAGGCCACCUCACCGGUCAGCGCUUCCCCAGUGCCCGUGGCCAUCCCCACCUCUCCAAAGCAGGAAUCAGCCUCAACAUCCUACUUCGUGGCACCAAGGCCAAAGUUCUCAGCAAAGAAGAGCGGUGUCACAGUUCAGCAGACUGGACGCUCUCUUUCUCUUCCUGGAAGACCAGUCCCACCUGCCAUCUCUGCAACAUCUCCUUGGUUAUACCAGCCUGCGUACAGCUACGCUAGCAAACCAACUGACGGGCUCAAGGAAGCAAAGAAGAGACUGACUCCUUGGGAAGCAGCUGCCAAGUCUCCCCUUGGCUUAGUGGAUGAGGCCUUCAGACCCAGAAACAUUCAGGAAUCCAUUGUGGCAAAUGUGGUCUCAGCAGCUCGUAGAAAGGUGCUUCCAGGGCAGUCUGAGGAAUGGAAUGCAAGACUGUCCUAUGUCCCUCAAACCCAGAAGAGCAGUGUGGGCUCAUUUGCAAAGCAAGAAUAUAAUGUUGCAUCCCUACCCAAUUAUAAUAUGCCCAGCUCCCAGUAUGGUUCACAGGCACUACAUGCAUAUUACAGGCAGCCUUCCAGAAACGAUUCUGAAAUAAUGUCCAUGGAGACCAGGUCUGAUUAUUGUCUCUCCACAACCAACUGCAACUAUAACCCACACCCGAGGGGAUGGAGACGUCAAACAUGA